CGUAAUAAAAUCUUAUUGGUAUUCUACUGAACAAAAUGUCUAAUGAAAUCUGCACUGGACAUAUGUAGGUAAGCCUUAGAAGUUAUAAUCUCGUCACAAGUCACGUAUAGCUUUAUGAAAUAAGUGUGGGUAUACUAAUAUACCUAACCAUUUUAAUAAAAUAUGCCUUAAUUACUGUAAUUUUAAAAUGUAUUGAUUGUUAUUAUGAGGUUCAACAAAUUUCAGUAAGUUAAAAUUACAGCGCCAUCUAUUAAAGUAUACUAAUAACGUUAUGUUAACCAACGGCAACGCUGGUAAGCAAUGUCAUUAUGAACACACUUUUGUUUUUUUAUGGUAUUUUGAGAUUACGAUUUCUGCUAAUAAAGCAUUUAGAAUUUAUUUUUCGAAUAAAACCAAAAAAUAAACUAGUAUUAUUUUCUUAUUUUAGAGAUAAAACAAAAAAAGUUGUUAAAGCUAAACAACUACGUGAAAAGGAACGUCACAUAAAGAGUUGCUACGGAAUUUCGCCAAAUCGAUUAAAAAAUAUCAUUUUAAUUUUAAAUAAUAAAAUGUAGCAUUGAAAAUAUUACGUUACGUUAAAAGGAAAGGAUAGGUCAUCUGCGUAAAUUCUAUUUAUGUGAAAAUAUUAUCAGGUAGGAUAUUUCUAAAAAAAUGAUCAAUGGUUAACGACGUUCAAUCACCCGUCACGGUCAUAUCGAUAAAUUCCAACAGGUGCAUCUCUACUGUGACUUGUCUAUGUUUAGUGUAAUGUAUUCGAUUUCAGUAAAGUUCGUUUUAAUUUUUUUCAUAGUAACUUGAUGUUUUUAUUAAAAAUUGUGAUUAGAAACGUAUUUAAAGUGAAAACCAAAGCUAUUUUAAUAGAUCGUGUUAAUUAAAUCUUUAAAACGAGUGUCAUUAAUUCAAUAAAGAGUGGAACAACCUUUAAUUGAAUACUUGCUGUGGCUAUAAACAAACAUCUGUAGAUGUGUGCUGGUGCUUACACUUGUUGCACCCACUUUCAAAAAUAAAGAGAUUCAGUUUACCUGUUUGUGAGAAAGUGAACUUAUCAUUAACAUGUCAUAGAAUUCAUUUUGUGACCAUUUACCGUUACGGCAGUCUAGUGAAUGUGAGAAAUGUGAUACGAUAUUGUUAUCGUGGAUGUUCGUUACGAUGCACCUGUCUGCACUACAUAACGUUGCAUUGAGCUAAGUGCAUAGCGUUUGUUAACAAUCUGCCCGACGGAUACUAAUUAAAAUCCAGUUAUUUGUUACGUAGUUAACUAUGGCGCAGGUAAAAAAUACACGAAUCGACAAGUCAGUGAGAAGUCGGUCCCAAAAUGACUCAUACGAAUGAUCGCUGGCAUUCCUGUAUUGUUUUGUUUUUAAAAGAUGCCAUAUCGAUGAGUAAAUUGCGGAGGGCACGAACAAAAAAAGAAGCAUUUAUCUAUGAAGAUAAGGAAAACAAGCAGUGUUCUCUAUUUGAAUUUUUAGAAGUUUAGUGUCUUGUAUUUGCCAUUGGCGCGAACUCUCAGUGUUAUGAGUGAAAUUAAAGUUUUUUUUGUGGAAAAUGUGUUAAAAAUUGUUUAGUUUUUUAAAUAUUUGCAAUGGCUCAGAGUUCUGUGGACUCGGACAGACUGUCCUCAGCUGGGAUUUCGACCCAUAGCUCAGGAACUGCAGGCACUGUUGGUGGCUCUGUAGUUGGUGUCAGACCAGGAGAUGCAGUGCUUAAAAGAGAGGAUGAGGAUGAAUAUAACCUUGGACCGCUGCCUCCAAUGUGGGAAAAGGCAUUCACACCAUCAGGAGAAGUUUAUUUUAUUGACCACAACACAGGCACGUCGCACUGGUUGGACCCGAGAUUAGCAAGAGUCCGGAAACAUUCCCUCGGUGAAUGUGGAGAAGAUGAACUGCCCUUUGGCUGGGAGAGAGUGACGGAUGAACGAUACGGUUCUUAUUACGUAGACCACAUCAAUAGAAGAACACAGUAUGAAAAUCCUGUGCUGCAGGCUAGGAGAUUGAGAGCGGAGAAAUUGUCAUCCGAGAAUGGGGGCACCGGCCCAUCUAACGGGCCAACGCCCACAGGAGAGCUUCGGGGCGAGAGAUUCACUCUCACUCUCACUAAAGGCACUCAGGGUUUAGGCUUCACGCUGAUCGGAGCUGAAGGUAUACCUGAGACGGAGGGCUACCUUCAAAUACGUAGCAUCGUGCCCCAUAGCCCGGCUUGGAUUGAUGGUGCCCUUCGUCCAGGUGACGUGGUGGUUGGAGUAGGCAACCGAGGAGUGCGAGGCCUCUCCCACGCUCACGUAGCUCAAAUCUUCCAGUCUAUUACACCUGGAACUGAGGUCACACUGCAUCUUGUUAGAGGUUAUCCCCUGUCCUUCGACUCUGAGGACCCGAACACUCGCGUGCUGAGUACGUUGGCAGUGGACGCGACCACUCCUGCCACCUCCGACGCCGUCGCCAUGCAACAACUCACCAGAGCGCUGCGGACCAGAUCUAUGCACAAUUCUAGGUUCAACUUGGACUCGCCCAACCACGAGUCGUCCAACCAGGGGAGGGACAAAGUGGACGGUCCCACUCCACAUAGUCCAGGGCAGAGACGAAUGAUGUCUAGGUCAUUUGACUUGGAUGAACUGACCAUACAUGAUGAUAACCAGGAGCUGCCUCGGUGUCCAUCUCUUGAUCAUGUACUGUCUUUAGCUGGUGAACAUCAGUCGCGAGCUGACAAUAGCUCGUCCAACGAGCCUGGCAGGGAGUUGGUGCUGACGCUGCGGCGUGGUGCGGCUGGCUUUGGCUUCACUAUCGCUGACAGCGUACACGGCCAGAAGGUCAAAAAGGUUUUGGACCGCAGCAGGUGUGCAGGUCUACGGGAAGGUGACUUAUUGCUGCAGAUCGGAGACACAGACGUCAGACACGCGCCACAUCAACAUGUUGUGCAGGUGCUGAAGGAGUGCCCGGCGCUGCAGGCCAGCCGCCUGGUGGUGUGGCGCCGCAGCCCCGCGCCGCGCACGCGCUCCGCCACCAGGCACGCGCCGCGCCCCGCACCAAACAACAACGUCAUCAGAAGUAAGACGCCCACAGCAGAACAGCUACGGUCACCAAACAUACACACUCAGGACUCGUUGAGAGACAGACUUAAUGGCAUGAAUUCUGAAGCAACAUACGCAGUGCCUGAACACAAAAACCGUGAACGAGAAAGCCUUAUAGACCGCAGACGUAGGAGCAGUACGCCUGGAGGACGUCUCACACUCCCUGUAGUCACUCCUUGGAACGAACCACAACCCGACAACCAAUGGCAAGAACGAGAAACAUGGGUUGACAACUCUAACAUCAGAAACUGGGCCGAAAACGCCCAAAAAUGGGAUGAAAACGGACAAAAAUGGGACGAAAACGGACAAAAAUGGGAACAGAACGGACAAAAAUGGGAUGAGAAUGGACAAAAAUGGGUAGAGAACGGUCAGAAGUGGGUUGAGAAUGGACAGAAGUGGGUUGAAAAUGGUCAGAAGUGGGAUGAGAGUACAAAUGGCAAUCGGUGGGAGAAUAAUGAAAGGUGGGGGAAUGGUAAUUGGGGGGAGGUGCCCACUCCUACCGUACAUGUCGACAUGAAUGCUGCCUACUGGAGAGGAAACGCCAGUGUAGCAGAUAGUAGUGAUAAUGGAGGGUUCCCGGAAGAUGGUAUGCUACAUUCGCCGACGACUGCGGCCAUCGGCGGUCUUACUAGACAGUCUCCGUCGACCAGCAGGAUACGACCACUUUCUCCUUCUAACUCAACUGGUCGGCUCCGCAGUCAGUCCCCGUCUGCCACGAGCGCGACCGACCAUCUCCUGUCGCAGUCUCCGUCCACCCGCCUGCAGAGCCAGUCCCCUUCCAACAACUCAUCCAACAGUAGAAUCAAAUCGUCUCCACUCAGGCUCCGCGAAUCCUCUCCGUCCCGCCACAUGCACUCCCCUGUGUCGCGGCAGUCGCCAUCUUGCUACGAGAACGAUGUACAACCCAACACGCUGUACGUCGCUAACUACCCACAGGUGGAGGCGGGCGGCGCGGAGUCGGACCCGGCGGCCGACGUGCUGGUGCGGCUGGCGCGCGCCGCGGCCGGCUUCGGCUUCCGCAUCGUCGGCGGCACCGAGGACGGCAGCCGGGUCGCCGUCGGGUACGUCGUGCCCGGAGGUCCAGCAGACGGGCUGCUCCGUCCAGGCGACCUGCUGACGUCGGUGGACGGCGUGUCGCUGGCCGGGGCCACCCACACCCGCGCCGUCUCGUACGUCUGUCAGGCGGCGUCUAGGGGACAUGUGACUCUGGGAGUAAGACACAACCGCGCGGACAUCCAGCCACUCGGCCUGCCCACCAUGGCGGCUCCGCAUACACACCAACCUUUACUGACCGCGGAGCCGGCCAUGCACCACGGUAUGCCGCCGGGCUCGUACAACAUAUUGCACCCGGCGCCCAUGUACCCAGCUCCGGCCAAUGUACCUAUGUACGGCGUGCAAUAUGACACGACGGCCGGUGGAUGGUCGUCCGUGCCCUAUGACGUCACAGUCACUAGGAACGAGGGCGAAGGAUUCGGUUUCGUGGUUAUCUCCUCCGCUAACAAAGCUACUAGUACUAUCGGCCAACUGAUCCCGAACUCACCGGCCGCUCGUUGCGGUCUACUGCACGUGGGCGACACCAUCGUUGGUAUCAACCACGUGUCCAUCCGUAACCUGCCGCACCCUGAGGUCGUCGCGCUGAUCAAGCACUCGGGCACCAGCGUCACUCUCACGGUACUACCGGACCGGGCCCACUGACGCAGGGCCCUCAGUCUGCCGCUGAGACAGACUGCUUCUGACAGGUAUUAAUCCAGUACACCGCUAAAGAAGUAAUCAUCAACAGCCUACAUCAUCAACAGCCUAUAAGUGGCCACUAACUAAAGGCCUGUUACGGCCCCGACAUUGUCACCGGACGGCCGCGGUGAUACGUGCACGGCAUACUUUCUCUAUGCCGUGCGGAGUUUCGAGCUCCGAGCGCCCCGCGGCUACGCAAACCAGUCGUUGCCCGUAUGCCAAAGCCAGUCCACGCACGUCACACUCGUCAGUAGCGUCUCAAAUCAGAAUCACAAGUUAAACCUAAUACAGCGCUAACUACCGGCACCACCAAUCGGAUUAUACCAUAAUUACACAUCGCUAACAGGCCUCAUCUCACAUGAAGAGGGUUUGAGCAUUAACCACCACACUUGCUCAAUGCGGAUUGGCGAUUUCAAACUUGUAAUUAGAAAUUAUAAGCCC